AAUUUUCUUCAUAGGGAAAGUUGUGUUUCCAAAUUUAUAAUUUGAAGAACAAAGGUUAAGAUUUGGAACACAAAUAUAUCUUUGUGAAGUUAUGAAUGGAAUCUGGCUUUUGGAAAUACUCAUCCGUUGUAACAAAAUCGCAUUAUCCUGUUAUCAAUUGGCGUCGUUAUAAAUAGGAAUACACCACUUCGACUGUUCCUAAAUGACAGAAAGACAAAUAUGAAUAUUCCAACUUAUCCCUUCAAGUCCAAAUUUGCAGACAGUUCACCAACAAGAGUCAGUCAGCUGAUAAAUGAAAUUACAGAGGAUGUGAACCAUGAGAACCAGGGCCAGGGGAAGCCCUUCUCCCUGAAGACUUAUCACCGCUUCACCGCACUGUUACCCUGUCUCAAACAGGUCAACGAGGCCUUCAAACACUCCUAUAACAUUACUGUCCUUGACACCGACGUCAAGAAUGACCUUCAGCAGUCAAAGGUCAUAAACUGGUGUAGGACUUCCAAAGUCCUGUAUCCAAUUAAGACCAGAGGGGACGGGAACUGUCUCCUUCAUGCAGUCUCGUUGUUCCUUUGGGGGAUGGAGGACCGUGACCUACUUCUGCGGCGCCUCCUCUAUCUGUCUCUGGCCAAUGAUGACAAGAAAUUCUUCAGAAGAUGGCUGACACAGUACAGAAACACGAUGAUGGAUCAGCCAGAGUUUGAGCUGGAAUUGAACUCCAAGGACAUGGAUAGAGAGUGGACAAACAUUUUGAAAUCGGCUGAGGACAACCCGGUAGAUCAAGGGACCUCCCCUAACUUCCACACCUUGGAGGGUAUCCACCUGUACGUACUAGCCAACAUCCUGAGGCGGCCGAUAAUCGUGUUGGCGGACAGGAAGGUGCGGAGUGUGUACGGACACAGUGUCCAGAGCGACAGUCUGGGCGGGAUUUAUCUUCCCUUGGAGUGGAAGCCAGCAGAAGUCUGCAAGUCUCCCAUCACUAUAGCUUAUAGCAUGAACCACUUCUGUCCACUCCUUCCCCAGAGAAAUGUGCACGACGGAAGAGCGACGGACUCGGAAUAUGUCAUUCCUUUAGUGUAUUACGACUUUGAGCCAUUAGUUCUUCGGUUUUUACUGUAUGCAGAGGAAAGCUUAGGCCACGAUCUUCUUAAUGGAUAUCUAGACACUAAAAAUAUUCCUAUGACAACUUCAGACUCUAUUCUUCAAAUUCCUGUGGCAAAGUCUAACUAUCAAAUAAUCAAGCCCGCUUUUGACAUUGUACAAAGUCAUUUUGAAGAGUGUCAGCAAAUUUACCGCAUGUGGAUCAGAGAUAGGGAAGUUCAGACAGGUCAGCCACAGCUGGUGUCUACUGUAGUGACUAGUCAAGUGUCCACAUCUCACACAUCCACUAAUCCACAUCAGCUAUCUACUAAAUGCCAUACCCCAGGGUGCGAUCUUUUCGGUUCUCCCGCUUAUGGUGGAAAGUGCUCGGAGUGUUUUAACAAGUACACAGUUGACUAUAACAGACAAGAAACAGAAAGGCGGAAUCAAGCCUUAGUUGAGCCUUCAGCCCCCCUGGCUUCUAUGCCAUACCUUCCAAGUGGGAAUUACUGUGAACUGUCCAUAAUGGAUGAGAAUUGUAAAAACUUUGCAAAAUGUGGAAAUAAAAUGUCUGUGCAUAAAUAUCCUUUCUGUCACGAGUGCCGGCCAGAUGAUAACCCUCCCAGUCACCCUGUCGGUCAGGAAAUGAGUUCCUCUCCCCCUAGGGCCGUGAGAAAUGAACCUGUGGACGAUAGCAGAUUGUUUGGUGAAGGUGACCCUCUUCGUCCUUUGAAUUUAAAAACAAUAGUACCGAAUCAAACGGUUUUGAAUUCCUCAAGAACAGGUAGUUGUGUUUCACCAAACUGUAAAAACCAAGAACAUCCCAAUCAUAAGAACUUUUGCAAAGAAUGUUAUUCUAAACUUCAGUCUGGAACUCUUUCAGCAAGUGGCCAAGAGGGUCCUUCAUCUCAAACCUACUUGAUGAAUACUGAGGGUGGGGGGCUAAGUGAUGGGGACCCAAGCGGCGGAACCCCAUCCCCUGGGGACACCAGUAUAAAGCCAUUUGAAAUUGUAGGUAAUAAACUCGGACAGGAACAAAUUCAGAAAUUACAAAAUCAAGGAAAAUGCAAGUUUGGAGGAUGUGAAAGCUAUGGGCAUGUGCAUUAUAAAGGAUAUUGUGAACCCUGCUAUAAGAAGACAACCUCACCAGAGGAGAUGUUACUGAGCUUUCAACAUGUUCAAGAACAAAGACUCGUUUCACCCAACCAACUCAAAAGAUUGUGCUCCAUACCUGGAUGUAAAGAAGAAAAGAUAAAGAACGAUCAUGGACUGUGCCUUCAGUGCUACUUGAAAAACAAACUUCCUGUGGGGGAGGUCAGUAAGGAACCCAUCCCUCCCCCCGACAACAGUACCCUGGAGUCCAAGACGCCCCUGGAUACAGCAGAAAUUCCCCAGCCCAGAAUAGUGACCAGCUCUCGCGAGAAAGUCAAAUGUGUCUCCCCACUGUGUGAUACCCUCAUUUAUCCUCCCCACCACCUGUGUGAGCGAUGCAAGGCCAUACUGCAAAGAGAGUAUGCUGAGAGUAAUAGAUCAAGGUCACUAGAGGUCAACCGACACAGACCAGCUAGGCAAGGGAGCGCCUACUCCCCAUCACGCCACAAAUGUCAGACUGAAAACUGUGAAUAUUACGGAGACAAAAAAUUCCAUGGUUACUGCUCUAACUGUUACCAAGUUGCUGUGACUACAGCUCCGAUACGGACUGCCAAGCCAGAGGUGGUACCCAGACAGAACAACACUGCUCCACAUCUCCGCCAGAGCAUGAACUGCGUGGAGCCAGGAUGCGAUAAAUUCGGAGAUCCCUCCAUGAGUAACCGCUGCACUGAACACUACAGACAAGCGAUGCGUAGACCCCCACCCCCUCACUCCUCCCCAUUCCUUCUCCCUUUUCAGGUUGAACAGUACAAUGUGGCAGAGAAAGAUCGCAAUACAGCGGUGCCCCUCCCACCGGAGCACUACAACAUCCCCGUAACAAACACCAACACUGGGAAGUCACCACUAGGUGGCUCUCAAUACAUCCAAGCCAUGCAGAAAGUGGAGGGCUCCAGAAAGGGAAACAAGUGUAAAUCGGCCUCCUGUGACAAUUACGGAAACUCUAGUAAUCAAGGUUAUUGUAAUGCUUGUUUUAAGAAAAGGACUAGUGGGGGGAAUGACCGGGUCCAAGGGAAUUAUAUGUGUUGUUAGACUGUGUAAUAAAACUGUCACGUACCGUGUAUCUUUAUAACUACCAGUUGAUAGAUUCAGCUGUGUUUAUUUUUAAUUUCCACAUUUUCUCUGUCUUUCAGUCUUUAAGGGAUCAAUGCUAAAUGUUAGCUCUUUAUGUAACAUUAUGACAAAUCAGGUGGACACUUGUGGAUCACAUAGAGUAGAUGGAGGGAUUAAUGGAGAAACUGCAGUUGAAUGAUGUUUUUAUGUUUUAGUAGAUUUUAUUACCUGUCUAUAAGCUCAUUUCAUGUGACAAUAUGAUUUACUGUAUGUAUGUAGAUUGUAUAUCGGGGAGGAGGGAGGGGGGGAGGGUUUUGUGGACAGCUGUAGUUUGUAAGGACAAUCAUACAUGUUGUUUGUCAAUUAUUCAUGUAUAUUGUACUUUGUUUUAUUUAAAUUAUGAUUAAAGAUCUUCACAUUUAAUCAUACUUAUUAUUAUUUUUAACAUAAUCAGUAUAUUAAAUUUUAAACACAAGAAUUUUAUGUGUCAUGUAUGUGUAAACUUUUACUUUAUGAAUUUUUGAAAUAAAAUUUGUAUGUUAUUGUUUGAGUUAAAACAGAAAGUCAGUAAGAUUGUCGUCAGAAGUUUUUUGAGAAUUAUUAAACAGAAACUACAAUUAAUGAACAAAGUUAAAAUAAAUCUUUUAAGUAGGAUAUAAGAAAUAUCGUAAAUUUUGACUUAAUUCACAACAAUUAAUAUUGUGAAAAAAGGACAUCAAAUCAUUGUAAAAACAAUCAUCAGAACAAAAUUUUUAACUUUUUAACGAAAUGUAUGACAGUUUGAGUAAGCCUUCCCAUUUUGUAAAUUAUAGGACUUCUAGAGAAUAUUUAAAAAUGUUUUGUAAUUAACUUGCAUGACAUAAUUAGAAAAUUACGCUUGAUAAAAUUAUUAUUGAAAUUAAAAUAGAUAUCACGUGGAUGUAGAGUAAGUAUUAUGCAUUUCGUUAUUUAUGAUGCCUCGUUCCCGUACACAGGCACGUGUUGUACAAUAUGUUGUUGAUUUGAUUUUCAGUGUACAUUAAACUUGUCUAAAAACUGUAA